CUAGUUUCAGGUUAUUGUUAUAAGGACGCUGUUGUCGUUGUGUAGUGAAUUUACGUUUCCGUAUAAAAAGAAUUAAAUUUGAUUGAUGGAAAUGGAGGAAGGGGAGGGAGAGAAUCCGGUGACAAACUGCAAUUUUGAUCCAUGUACUGCUGGUAGUAGCGAAAACACAUAUCCAUGCCAGUGUUACUGCAUCAGGCUAAGUCGAAAUGAAACACCUCUGGAACCGAAUGUGCGCUGCUCAUGCACGGGGGAAGACCGACGUUACGGCAUAAAAUAUCGAUGCCGAAGGAAAGCGUUGACAUUUUCGUCGAGCGUUAUUGAUGGGAAAACUAUAGAACAAUCAUUUUGUUCGAUCCACGCAGAAAUGGUUCACCAACAUCGAUUAUGUCUUGUUUGUUAUGCUUUCUGCACGGAGGGCGAAUUGAAAGUCUGCAAUGAAUUAGGAGUACAGCAUUGGAUGCACGCUGAUUGCUAUCAUUCAUGGAAAGAAGCGUGCUGUCAUUGCAAUAUUCUUUAUUCUGCUUCAUCUCAUUUCACCUUGUUUCCUUAUAAAGAUCCUUUGUUCGAGAAACUUGGAACUGUUUUUCCGAAAAUGACUCGAGGGUCGCAGUUGAAUGUUUUGGCUCUUUGUGAGAAAGAAAACUAUUCAUGGUUAAUAUCAGAACUGGAUUCAUUUCAUUCUAUUUGCUCCAGUUUAACGACAGAACGUCCGCUUCACAUAAGAAGCCAAUUGCUUUUGCGUGAACUUUGGAGGACUUUUCGAGCCGAUAAAUCGCCCUAUGAACGUCGCAAGUACUAUUUGGAUAGCAUAAAGUUUGCAAUACAGUGCUGCGACCGCUUAUCUCUGUUAAUUGUUCUCCAAUUUUUGGAUGUUACUGUGGAUGGCGAAUGUCUUCUUUUUGCCGUAGAAGCUAAUGACGCGUUCUCUGUAAGGGUACUUCUUCAUCACGGUGCUCCAAUCAGUUUUCAGAAAAAGUCGGGAGAAAAAGCUGAUUCUCUAAGCAUGGCAUUUAUACUUGGUAACUGUGCAUCAGCAGAAGAAAUUUUGAAAUUCUUGAAUUAUCGCAGUACUCGCAUGCGAGAAUUUAUGCGUAAUCGUUUGCUGGAAUUCAUUAACCAUCAUGAUUAUCGUGCAGUAGAUCUCCUUCUUACUUACGGUGCGAACGUUUAUGACCGAACCGAAAAAGGAAAAUCAGUCUUUCACAAAUUAACCCAGAAUAACGAUCAACAGCUUGCCAUUGCGACUGCAACCAAGUUAUUUGAAAAAACAGUAAUUGUGCCAUCUUUUAUUGAUGCUGAAGAUUAUCGUCAUCGUACUGCCCUCCAGCUGGCAUGUGCGAGAUGCCACUGGAAGCUGGCUGAAUUUUUCCUGCAGCGCGGUGCUACACCAAAAGGUUUGUGGACCAAUAUGAGAUUGCCCGAGUUUUUACGCUCAUACAUUGAUCGUAUUGGAAGGGAGCUGAAAUUACGGAAGUUCCUGUCGAUCUCACGCAAAUAUAUUACACACGACAUAACGAUGGGUCGUGAACGUGUUGCAAUACCACUUGAAAAUGGCACCGAUGAUGGAGCUACGUUGGAUCCUAAUUUUGAAUAUGUAAAUGCUGUUGAUGAUCAUGAUUCAUUUCAAACUCAUAUCGACUUUUCGCUGGCAUGUCGCUGCGCAAACGACUGCCAAAUUGAUUGUCCUUGUUUGGCUCGCUGUACGUAUGAUGCAGAUGGACAUCUUACUAGUCGAGCAGUCGAAUUAGCUGAUAAGGCAGAAUUAGGUGUACUGCUGGAGUGCAGUUCAUGCUGCUUUUGUUCGAAUAAAUGCAGAUCAAGAGUUGCACAAAAAGGUGUUCAUUGCGAACUUGAGAUUUUUCGAACAAGGAAAUAUGGAUGGGCUGUGAGGACCUGUUCCUUGAUAUUGAAAGGAAGUUUUGUAUGCGAAUAUGCUGGUGAACUUAUCUCAGACGCUGAUGCAGAUAGCCGUGAUGAUGACACUUAUUUAUUCGAAAUUGUAGACGAAACGUCAGCCUACUGUAUAGAUGCAAAAUUCAAGGGGAAUGUUUCCAGAUUCAUCAAUCACAGCUGUGAGGCAAAUUUGGUCACUCUUCGAGUUGUAUGGGAUGCAAAUAUACGUCAUUUGCCCCAUGUCUGCUUUUAUGCUAAAAGAGAUAUCCAGCAGGGAGAAGAACUAACUAUCGAUUAUGGAAGUCAGUGGUGGGACGUCAAGUUGAGGAAUUUCCCAUGUCAGUGCGGGUCGAAAUCUUGCAAAUAUACUAAUACGGUAAGAGAAGAAAUACUGCGAAAUGGAUUUCUCACUGCGGAAGAAAGCAAACAACAGGAAGAACCUUCUGAUGGCAAGUUAUAAAACUUUUAUACAGUGAUUAUUUUUUUAUGUGCUUCUCCACUCCUUUUAAUUGAAAAUAAUGUAGAACUUCACACUUGACUUAUUGUUGGAUUCACUAGCGCCAGUUAUUCCAAGAAGUUCCUUUUCUUUUCCAUCACCAUUAUGAAUAGUUCAUUGUGCUGUUGCAG